CCAGCCUUGAUACGUUUCUGAGCGACGUUGCAGUCGCUUGGUUCGUACGUUAACGGGGUCGCCAUGUUGGCCGUGGCAACUGAUUAAGAGUCCCAGGAAGGCUGAUCAGGGAGAAAAUGCCAGGAUCUUGUGCAGCUUGGGGCUGUAAAAACCGUCACACUGUUCAAACCAGACUGCGGGGAAUUACAUUUCACAAGUUUCCCAAGGAGGCAAAGUUGAGGAAGCAGUGGGAAAUCGCUUUAAGAAGAAAAGGUUUCUCUGCCAGUGAAUACUCUCUGCUCUGCAGUGAGCACUUCAAGCCAGAAGACUUUGAUAGGACGGGUCAGACAGUCAGGCUGAGAGAUGGAACUAAGCCAUCUGUCUUCAGUCUUCCAACUCAUCUUCAAAAAAAAGUGACAACCAGGACAACACAAACCUCAAGGAAGGCUGAGGAGAGUCUGUCAGUGGAGAGCUUGCUGCAAUCCCAAGAAAGUAAACAGAACCAAGAUACUUUAUCUCAUGUUGACCAUAACUAUGCACUGCCUGCCUCUCUGGCUGGAUUAAAGGCCAGACUGGACGACGUUCUGGCUCGAGUGGAGAGUCUGGAGCGAGAAAAGAGAAACUUAAAGGACAGAGAGCGGAGGGCAAAGAAUGCAGUUCGCUGUCUUCUACUGGAUCUAAAGAGUAACAAAAACAUCCUAAAUGGAAAGACAAAAAAGUAGUUCCUCAGAUAAAUAUAUAAUAUAUUGUUAAUUAAUCAUCAUUCAUCAUCACUGUUCAUUCCUUUCUCAUUUCUUAAUCUGGUUCCAGACGUACUAACUGGUGUGUGUUAACUGAAUUUCAUCUUCUCUGACCGACUUUUCUCAAGCCAGAACUGUUUGUACAUUUUAUAUUAUGUUAAAUUUAAAUUCUUUGCUAUUUUUAUUUUGAUAUAUUUCUUUAUUAUGUCAAUGUAAAUGUAUUGUUACAAGACUUGAAUUUGCCCAUAAAGAUUGUAUUUUUGAUCAUCGUUUUUGCUUCUAAAUGUUUGUUUUGGAGUAGUCCAGUAGUAUAAAUGUAAAAACAGCAGGAAUCACUGUUUACUGUUUUAUUUGUAUUUACAAUUUUGUGUUUAAUUUUUGUGAAUAUUAAUGAAGGAAGUGGACUAACAGGUGUACAUUAUGCCUUAUUUUUGUCCUUGUAUCACUGUUGCAAGUUGAGUUUUGUGAACUGACUGAAAAAAAAAGUUUAAAUACAGAAAAUAAAAAACAUUUUCAAACUUUUGAAAAAUAACCACGUGUAGUGUUCAUUAGAUUAAACUGUAUUAUUACUAAAAAACCAAGCAUUUUAACUUCAGAAUAUAAAACCAAAUUACCAGUGAAAUAUUAAAUUGAUAGAAUUGUUUUAAUUCUAAAAAUCCAACUAAUGAUCAUUAACUUCACUUGUGUUCAUUUAAAGGCCUGUCUAGCGUAGGCCAGAUUGGUGAUUAUGUUGAUGUAUUACAGUAAAAUGCUAUAGUCAAAAAGGCGUGUAUGUCUAUGCAGGCGUCUGACCACUGCUAUACAACUCCACAAAGUAGUUUCCAGCGCCACAUGGGGUCUCCUGUGCACCAAUUUUUGCUUCUACCUUCAAUUUCAAGUGCGUGUCUGUCUGUAAUGAUAAUUUUUUUUUAUAUUAAUUGUAGAACUCAUGUCAAAUUCCUGUUGGGUUUGUCGGAAAUUCAGUUUUUAUACUGUUUUUGUUUUUUUCUGUAUGUAAAUAAAGAAAAAUAAAAAGUA